UUGUUUAACUGUUCAACCUUGAUUGAAUUAAGAAGGUAAAACAAUGUAUCAGCCAUGUGAAGGGUUAAUUCUGUUCCAGAGCACAGAGCAGCACUGGGUGGGGAGGAGAAUGACAACGUCACUUUGCUAAAGUGAAACUGAAGUUGCUAGACGUGCUGUAUGUUGCACACCUGAGUAAACUCUAAAACACUUCAGACAUCUCUCUCAAACCGCUACACAGUCUCCGGUGGUUAAUCACAGUAAAUACUAGAGAAAAAUCUGAGGACACGCCCACACUAUUUUACACAGACAUGGGUGAGUAGAGAUUCACAAGGAUCGGUGAAGAAAUAUGACUGUGUACAUUUAUUUGAUGAUAUGGCUUCCUCCAGCAUUCUACUUUCUGAAGACCAUUUCCUGUGCUCUAUCUGUCUGGAUGUGUUCACUGAGCCAGUCACCACUUCAUGUGGACACAGCUUCUGCAUCACAUGUCUCACAAAGUACUGGGAUAGAAUGGACCUGUGUCAAUGUCCACUGUGUCAGGAGAAAUUCUACAGACAACCUGAGCUUCGUGUCAACACAACGUUUAGAGAGGUUGUAGAGAAUUUUAAAAAGAUGAGAGACAGAGGUAAAGAUGAAUCUCCUCCCAAACUCGGAAAAGUGCCUUGUGACGUCUGCACUGGGACGAAGCUCAGUGCCAUGAAGUCCUGCCUGCUCUGUCUAACCUCUUACUGUAAGAUUCACCUGGAGCCUCAUCAGAUUGCCCCAGCCUUAAGGAGACACAAACUGGUCGACCCUGUGGAGAACCUGGAAGACAGGAUCUGUAGGAAGCAUGACAGACUCCUGGAGCUGUUCUGUAGGACUGACCAGACAUGUGUGUGUCAGUUCUGCACUGAGGCAGACCACAAGACUCAUGACACUGUCCCUAUAGAGGAAGAGUGUGGAGAGAGGAAGGCUCACUUGGAGAAAACUGAGGCAGAAGUGCAGCAGAUUAUCCAGGAGCGACUGAAGAAGGUUAAAGACAUCAAACUCUCAGUAGAUCUCAGGAAGAGAAAUGCAGAGAGGGAGAUAGCAGACAGCAUACAGGUCUUCACUGCUCUGGUGCGCUCCAUUGAGAAAAGCCAGGCUGAACUGAUUGAGGUGAUUGAGGAGAAGCAGAAAGCAGUAGAGAGGCAGGCUGAAGGGUUCAUUAAAGAUCUGGAGCAGGAAAUCACUGAGCUGAAGAGGAGAAGCACUGAUCUGAAACAGCUCUCACACACUGAGGACCACCUCCAACUUCUCCAGAACUUCCCAUCACGAGUGUACAAACCUCCACCCACCAAGAACAUGUCUGAGAUCCGUGUUCACAGUGAUCUGUGUGUGGGGACUGUGAGGAGAGCAGUGUCUCACCUGGAGGAGAUACUGAAUAAAGAGAUGGAGAAGCUGACUCUGGACCCUGAUACAGCACAUCACAAACUCAUCCUGUCUGAAGAUGGGAAACAAGUAAGACGUGGAGACAUACCACAGAAUCUUCCUGACAAUCCAAAAAGGUUUGAUCGUUUUGCCAUGACCCUUGGAAAGGAUGGCUUCUCCUCAGGGAGAUUUUACUAUGAGGUGACGGUUAACGGUAAGACUAGGUGGAUUUUAGGAGUGGCCAGAGAGUCCAUAAACAGGAAGGGGUCUGUAUCACCUAGGCCUGAAUAUGGACUCUGGUCUGUGGUCUUAAAGGAUGGGAAUCAAUACACAGCCUGUGCCUCCCCCCACGUCAUCCUCUCCCUGAGAGAGAAGCCCCAGAAGGUGGGGGUGUUUGUGGACUAUGAGGAGGGUCUGGUCUCCUUUUAUGAUGUGGAGGCCAGGUCUCAUAUCUACUCUUUCAUUGGCUGCACCUUUAAAGAUAAACUCUUUCCAUUCUUCAUCCCCAGUAAUAAUGAUGAUGGAAAAAACUCAGCUCCUCUCAUCAUCUCUCCUGUCAAUCACACAGGCUGAUAAAAAAAUGGAGAGAGUCAUUUUUCGGUUAUUGCCAUAAAUUGUCAUUUGUGUUGAAAAAUGUUUUGAGCCUGUAAUGUACCAUAAUGCAUCUUUGAACAUUUAUACAAAGGUAUACUAAGUGAAUACAACACAGCUUUGGUGUCAUCCUGUCUCAAAAACAGAUGGUUUUCACCGCUUGGAACUAUUGGAAAUGAAGCUUUUCCUCCUGACUGUGCAUGUAGUUGAAUGUGAGAAAGUACUUGCCUUUGAGCUGGUUUUUGGUUUGUGACAGUGAAUGUCAAAAAUCAAAUCAAAUUUUAUUUGUCACAUACACAUGGUUAGCAGAUGUUAAUGUGAGUGUAGCGAAAUGCUUGUGCUUCUAGUUCCGACAAUGCAGUAAUAACGAACAAGUAAUCUAACUAACAAUUCCAAAAAACUACUGUCUUAUACACAGUGUAAGGGGAUAAAGAAUAUGUACAUAAGGACAUAUGAAUGAGUGAUGGUACAGAGCAGUAUAGGCAAGAUACAGUAGAUGAUAUCGAGUACAGUAUAUACAUAUGAGUAUGAGGACGUACUUUUCCUUUGAGCUGGUUGUGGAUGUAGGUGAGGAUGAGGCUGGGAUCUCCACCAGGGGGAUGAUGAAGGAGCCUUUGGCCACUUUGCCCAGGUUUUAGUGGGACAGUUGCAUCAUAGAGGAUGGGGUCAGGGCCAGCUGAGAUGUAUUCCUGAUGUCCACCACAGGGUACAGGUAAAGAGGAGUUUGAAAUAGUAUAAGUGGUACACUACAGACCUGGGUUGAAAUAGUAUUUGUUUUCUUUGAGCCGGUAUGGAGUGCCAGAUGGGCAGGGUCUGUACUUUAGGGACUAUUCCAUUGGUUCAACCACAUCAGGCGAGAUCAAUGAAGUCCAAUGCAUAAACAUGUUAUACAACAUAUUCUGGGUUGAACUCUGCUUUCAUUUAUGAAUAAAUAUACACUUGUAGGCAAUUCCUUUUUCUACAGAGUAUUACAAACUCAAGCCAUCAUUUUGGGAUUGUCAGUUAAUGAUCAUCCAUUGCCUUUGACAUAAGACAAACUAAGCACUUGCUGGACCUGCAUUUAAUAUGUUCAACUGCUAUAAACAUUUCAUCAUCAGAGUAAAUGCCUCUUUCAUAUUUGAUCCAGUGUAGUAAUGAGUCAAAUGAUCCUGUUAACAGGUGAGGGAGAACACCUUUUCACAAAUCACUAACUUUCAAAACAUGUCCAUGUAAGAACUUUUCUGUUAUGCUAGUCAGUUGUAUUUCUCAAAAUUGUAUUAGAUGUACAAAUGCAAGACAAGAAGUGACCAUGAUCAUCAUUACCACAACCCCAAAAGUCAUUUGAGGUACAAAACACUUGUAGUGUAUCUUAGUGGUGGUUACAAAAUAACAGUGGUGACAUGGAAUGCAUUUGAAUAUUCUCUCACAAUACUUUGACCCAGAAGAGGCUUAACUAAAAAACAUUGCACCAAACUACACUAACAAUAUUCUUGACGUAUGUACUUAUGUCUCAUAAAAUAUUUGUUACAAAAAGGCAUUGUGCUUAAAAAAAACUGUGUGCCAUAAAUUAAUAAACAGGCUAUCAAAAAAUA